CUUCCCAGGUAGCCGCGUCCAGCCCUCGUGUCUCUUAGCAUUAUGGAAUCCGUCAAGCGCUCACCAUGUGCCCGGCACCGUUCGAAGCGCCGGGCAUCUGUUCUCACGCAGUCCUUCGGGGAGCCCGGCCGCACCAUGACCGACCCGCUGUCCGACCUGGACCCAGCCGGCGACCCCGGCGACAAGUUCCAGUUUGCCAUCGACCGGGGCGGCACGUUCACGGACGUAUUUGCCCGCUGCCCCGGGGGCCGCAUCCGAGUGCUCAAGCUGCUGUCGGAGGAUCCCGCCAACUACCGGGACGCCCCCACCGAGGGCAUCCGCCGCAUCCUGGAGCAGGAGGAAGGCGUGGCGUUGCCCCGGGACCAACCCCUGGACACCAGGCGAAUCGGCUGGAUCCGUAUGGGCACCACGGUAGCCACCAACGCGUUACUGGAACGCAAGGGCGAGCGUCUGGCCUUGCUCAUCACCCGCGGCUUCCGGGACCUGUUGCAUAUUGGCUCCCAGGCUCGCCCUGACCUCUUUGACCUGGCAGUGGCCAUGCCGGAGGUCCUGUACGAGGAGGUGGUGGAGGUGGAGGAGAGGGUUGUGCUACACCACGGGGGCCAAGGAGGUGGCCCGCUCCUUACAGGAUCGACAGGAGACCUCCUGGAAGUGCAGCAGCCGGUGGACCUGUCCCAGCUCCGGGGCCAGCUCCAGGGACUGUUGGCCCGAGGAAUCCAUAGCCUAGCAGUGGUGCUUAUGCACUCCUACACGUGGGCAAGGCACGAGCAGCAGGUGGGCCAGCUGGCCCGGGAGCUGGGCUUCCAGCAGGUGUCUCUGUCAGCGGAGGUGAUGCCCAUGGUCCGGAUCUUGCCCCGAGGACUCACCGCCUGCGCCGACGCCUAUCUGACCCCCGCCAUCCACAGCUACGUGCGGGGCUUCCGAGAUGGCUUCUCCGGCCAGCUCCAGGACGUGCAGGUACUGUUCAUGCGCUCGGACGGGGGCCUGACCCCCAUGGCGUCCUUCAGCGGCUCUCGAGCCAUCCUCUCCGGGCCGGCCGGCGGCGUGGUGGGCUACGCGGUCACCACCUUCGAUUCGGAGCUGGGCCAGCCGGUCAUUGGCUUUGACAUGGGAGGCACGUCCACUGAUGUGAGCCGGUUUGCCGGUGAGUACGAACACGUGUUUGAGGCCAGUACAGCGGGGAUCAACAUCCAGGCCCCCCAGCUGGAUAUUAACACCGUCGCCGCAGGCGGAGGUUCCCGCCUCUUCUUCAGAUCCGGGCUGUUUGUGGUUGGUCCGGAAUCUGCUGGAGCCCACCCGGGUCCAGCCUGCUACCGGAAAGGGGGGCCCCUGACGGUGACCGACGCUAACCUGUGCCUGGGCCGUCUGCUGCCGCACUUCUUCCCUCGCAUCUUCGGACCGGGGGAGGACCAGCCCCUGUCCCGCGGGGCCGCCUUCCGGGCGCUGGAGCCGGUGGUGGCCGAAGUCAACGCCUUUCUGGCCCAGUCGCCGGGCCCGGCCGGUCCCAUGACCCCCGAGGAGGUGGCCAUGGGCUUUGUGCGCGUGGCCAACGAGGCCAUGUGCCGGCCCAUCCGUGCCCUCACCCAGGCCAAAGGUCAUGACACGUCGCGGCACAUCCUGGCGUGCUUCGGAGGGGCAGGGGGCCAGCACGCCUGCGCCAUUGCCCGCAACCUGGGCAUGAAGACCGUCUUUAUUCACAAGCACAGUGGGCUGCUGUCGGCCCUGGGCCUGGCCCUGGCCGACGUGGUGCACGAAGCCCAGGAGCCGUGCUCUCUGUCCUACGUGGCGGAAGUUUUCCCCCAGCUUGACGAGCGCAUCGCCCGCCUGGAGCAACAAUGCGUGGAGGCCCUGCAGGCCCAGGGCUUCUCCAGGGUCCAUAUCCACACAGAGGCGUUCCUGCACCUGCGCUACCAGGGCACCGAUUGUGCCCUCAUGUGCUCCGCUAAGGGUCACCCGCCCUCCCCCAGCUCUCCCCGGGCCGGGGACUUCCAGGCUGCGUUUACAAGCCGGUACCUGAAGGAAUUCGGUUUCACCAUCCCCGAGCGGCUGGUCGUCGUGGACAAUGUGCGUGUGAGGGGCAGAGGCAUCUCUGCUGUCGGCCCAGAGACCGCCCCCCGGUCCCGACCCUCCGGGCCCCCCCGUGUGGAGACGGUAACGCAGUGCUACUUCGAGGGGGGAUACCAGGAGACCCCGGUCUAUUUACUGGAAGAACUAGGCGGGGGACACGGGCUCUUGGGACCCUGCCUCAUCAUCGACAACAACAGCACGGUCCUGGUGGAGCCUGGCUGCCAGGUGGCAGUGACCGAGGGAGGGGAUCUGCGCAUCGCCGUGGGGACCAAAGCCCUGAGGUCAGUGGGCCCCGAGCUGGACCCCGUCCAGCUGUCCAUCUUCUCCCACCGCUUCAUGAGCAUUGCUGAGCAGAUGGGCCGCAUUCUGCAGCGCAUGGCUAUCUCCACCAACAUCAAGGAGCGGCUAGACUUCUCCUGCGCCCUGUUUGGACCCCAGGGUGGCCUGGUCUCCAAUGCCCCACACAUCCCCGUUCACCUGGGAGCCAUGCAGGAGACGGUUCAGUUCCAGAUCCGGCACCGGGGAGAUGACCUGAAACCCGGGGACGUCCUCCUGAGUAACCACCCCAGUGCCGGGGGCAGCCACCUGCCCGACCUCACGGUCAUCACGCCGGUGUUCUGGGCUGACCAGGCCCAGCCGGUGUUCUUUGUGGCCAGCCGGGGACACCACGCCGACAUUGGGGGCAUCACUCCAGGCUCCAUGCCCCCCCACUCCACCACCCUGCAGCAAGAAGGUGCUAUCUUCCUCUCCUUCAAACUGGUGCAGAACGGCAUCUUCCAGGAAGAGGCCGUGACCGAGGCGCUGAGGGCGCCUGGCCUCAUCCCGGGCUGCAGUGGGACCCGCAAUCUCCAUGACAACCUGUCGGACCUGCGGGCUCAGGUGGCAGCCAACCAGAAGGGGAUCCUCCUGGUGCAGGAGCUGAUAGACCAUUACGGGCUGGAGGUGGUACAAGCCUAUAUGGCCCAUAUUCAGGAGAACGCAGAGCUGGCUGUGCGGGAUAUGCUGCGGGCAUUUGGGGCCCGGCGGCAGAGGGACGGCCUGCCCCUGGAGCUGGACUCGGAGGAUUACAUGGAUGACGGCACCCCAAUCCGGUUGCGUGUGCAGUUGGACGUGGACCAGGGCAGCGCCGUGUUUGACUUCAGCGGCUCGGGGCCCGAGGUGUUUGGCAACUGCAACGCUCCCCGGGCCAUCACACUGUCGGCUCUCAUCUACUGUCUGCGCUGCAUGGUGGGCCAGGACAUCCCCCUGAACCAGGGCUGCCUGGCCCCAGUCCGCGUGGUCAUCCCCCCGGGCUCCAUCCUGGACCCGUCUCCCGGGGCAGCCGUGGUCGGGGGCAACGUGCUGACCUCCCAGCGGGUGGUGGACGUCAUCUUCCAGGCUUUCGGGGCCUGUGCAGCCUCGCAGGGCUGCAUGAACAACGUGACCUUUGGGAAUGAGCACGUGGGCUACUACGAGACGGUGGCAGGUGGGACGGGCGCGGGGCCCGGCUGGCACGGCCGCAGUGGGGUGCACAGUCACAUGACCAACACCCGCAUCACCGACCCCGAGAUCCUGGAGAGCCGGUACCCCGUGAUCCUACGCCGCUUUGAGCUGCGGGCAGGCUCCGGGGGCGGGGGCCGCUACCACGGCGGGGACGGCGUGGUGCGGGAGCUGCUUUUCCGGGAGGAGGUGCUGCUGUCCGUGUUGACUGAGCGACGUGCCUUCCGUCCCUACGGCCUGGAAGGAGGGAAGCCAGGGGCCCCUGGCCUGAACCUGCUGAUCCGACGGGACGGAAGGGCCAUCAACCUGGGGGGGAAGACUUCUGUCCAGGUGUUUCCAGGGGACGUCUUCUGUUUGCAGACCCCGGGUGGAGGGGGCUAUGGGGACCCGGCAGAGGUCACGGCGGUCCCUGCCCAGCCCUCCGAGCCCAGCCGCUUCCCCGAGCGCGGCAGCGUCUUUGAGUACCGGCGGGCUCAGGAGUCUGUGUGAAGAGGAGCCGGCGGUGCCCACCCCAAGCUCAGGCUCCGCCGACUAGCGCACGGCGCGUCCCUUGGCUGGGGAGACUGAGAUGGGGGCGGUGGGGUGU